AUGGAAAGAAACCUCAACAGCUUGCUCAAAUGGAGCAUCGAGAACUCAGUUCCAUCGUCGGCCCCAGCCGCUAACGGCACCAACGGCACCAACGGCACAACAGCCGUAACAACCCACUCAAGCGACAGCAACAACACCUCGACAACCCCCGCCGACGCCCCCAGCCAGACCAACGGCACCAGCGCAGCCGCAGCCAACAGCAAGCUUAACCCCGAGAUCCUAUCCGCGCUAUUCGGCGGGCCGUCCGAGGCUGAGCUGAUGAAGGCGGCGAUGGAGGUGCUGACGGACAAGAGCGCAACGCUCGACAACCAGCUGAUCGCGUUCGACAACUUCGAGCAGCUGAUCGAGUCGCUGGACAACGCCAACAACCUAGAGCCGCUGAAGCUGUGGGCGCCGCUGCUGGGGCUGCUGGCGCACGACGAGGCCGAGAUGCGCCGCAUGGCCGCGUGGUGCGUCGGCACCGCCGUCCAGAACAAUGCCCGCACCCAGGAGCGCCUGCUUGCGGAGGGUGGGCUGCCCAUCUUGGUGGGGCUGGCUACGAAGGAGGGUGAGGAUGUGGCUGUCCGCCGUAAGGCGAUUUAUGCGCUGAGCUCGGCUGUGCGGAAUUGCCAGCCGGCGAUGGAUGCUGCGACGGCGGAGUUGAGUGCGCAUGGGAAGGGGGAUAAGGUGGAUGCGGGGGAUAUGGACGCGGUGGAUGGGGUGAUUGAGUGGUUGAGGGGAGAAGGUGAACGGUGCGUCAACGGCGUGAAAACAUUCUAUGAUGUCGGGAUCGGAUAUCAGCGUCGUCGCGAAGAGCGGGGAUAG